AUGUUAGUUGAUGUUGACAACGCGCUUUGUAGAUUGAGAUUAAUCGACAGAGUAGUAGAAAGAAUGGGAAAAUCUCAUCCGAAAAUUAAGGAAUUCCUGAAAUUAUGUGAUGAGUAUCUUGUCAACAAUAACAAGCAUCUGGAUAUCACCAGCGACGAUGAAAAAACACCGAAGAAAAAGAUGAAAAUUCAGCGAAGUGAACUUAAAAAGCUACCAAAAAUCACAAUUGUAACUGAUGAAAAUGAUGAAGCCCAUGAUGAUUCGUGA